UAUUUCCGAAUAAAGUCUCAUAAUAAACCGCUGACAGUUCGUGCGCGUUCCCGUUAAAACAGCACUCGCGCCCGCUAGAUUCAUUGUUCUCCGGUAACGGGACAAAGAUGCUCUGAGAGAGAGAGAGAGAGUGGAGGGGCAGAUACUGACCGGUGGGUAACACUGAUGAUGAUGAUGAUGAUGAUGAUGGCUUUAUUCUGCUGACAUCACAUCAGACUGUCGGGUCACCGGGCGCGCGCGGGUCAUCAGGAUGCGGGUGUGACAGUGAUUUCUCGCGCAGGUGUUGAGUGUGUGUGUGUGUGUGUUGGAGGACAGCAUGGCUCCUCGGCCCUCAUCAGGAGAGUUAUGGGGGCUUCACCUGAUGCCUCCUCGUAUCCUGGUGGACUGCUGUCUGCCCAACGGCAUCCUGGUCAGUCUGGAGUGUCUGAGGGAGGCUCCGCUGACCAGCAUAAAGCAGCAGCUCUUCAGCGAGGCCCGCAAGUACCCGCUGUACCACCUGCUGCAGGAGGAGUCCUGCUACAUCUUUGUGGGCGUGACGCAGGAGGCCGAGAGGGAGGAGUUCUAUGAUGAAACACGCCGCCUGUGUGACCUCCGACUCUUUCACCCCAUCCUAAAGGUCAUCGAGCCACUGGGAAACAGAGAGGAGAAAAUACUCAACAGGGAGAUCGGUUUUGCCAUAGGAAUGCCCAUCUGUGAGUUUGAGCUGGUGAAGGAUCCGGAGGUGCAGGACUUCCGGCGGAACAUUCUGAGCGUGUGCAGGGAGGCGGUGGAGGAGCGCGAGGGAGGAGGCGCUCACACGCAGGCGCUGUACGUCUACCCUCCCAAUGUGGAGUCCUCGCCCGACCUGCCACAGCACAUCUACAGCAAACUGGACAAAGGGCGUCUGAUCGUGACCAUCUGGGUGAUCGUGUCUCCGUCCAACUCCAAGCAGAAGUACACGCUAAAGAUCGCACACGACUCUCUCCCGGAGCAGCUGAUAGCAGAAGCCAUCCGGAAGAAGACGCGCAGCAUGCACCUGUCUGCGCAGCAGCUGCGACUGUGUGUGCAGGAGUAUCAGGGCCAGUACAUCCUCAAAGUGUGCGGAUGCGACGAGUACUUCCUGGAGAAAUAUCCUCUCAGCCAGUACAAGUACAUCAGGAGCUGCAUCACGCUGGCCCGUCUGCCUCACCUGAUGCUGGUCAGCAAGGACAGUCUGUACAGUCAGCUUCCCGCCAGCGGGUUCAUGGCUCCGUCAUACAGCCGGCGCACGCCUCAGCCCAGCCCCUGCCCCGGCGGAGGAGACCCCGGGUCCCCGCGCUCCCUCUGGGCCUUCAACACACACCUGAGAGUCCGGCUGCUGUGUGCCACAUACGUCAACGUCAACAUCAGAGACAUAGACAAGAUCUACGUGAGAACAGGAAUAUAUCACGGAGGAGAACCGCUGUGUGACAACGUCAACACACUGAGAGUACCCUGCUCCAACCCAAGGUGGAACGAGUGGCUGUCGUAUGACAUCUACCUGACAGAUGUUCCUCGUUCUGCUCGUCUCUGUCUAUCCAUCUGCUCUGUCAAGGGUCGCAAGGGUGCCAAAGAGGAACACUGUCCGCUGGCCUGGGGAAACAUCAAUCUCUUCGACUAUAAAGACACUCUGGUCAGCGGUAAGGUGGCUCUGGGUUUGUGGCCGGUUCCUCACGGACUGGAGGAUCUUCUCAACCCUAUCGGAGUGUCGGGAUCGAACCCAAACAAGGAAACGCCAUGCGUGGAGCUGGAGUUUCCCUGGUUUAACCAGACGGUGGUGUUUCCCGAUGAGCAGCAGAUUGAGGAACACGCCAACUGGAGCAUCUCUCGUGAGCUGGGCUACAGCUACUGUCUGGGGCUGAGCAGUCGUCUGGCGUGCGACAGCACCAUAUCGCAGGCGGACGCCGAGCAGCUGCGAGCGCUGUGCAGUCGAGACCCGCUGUAUGAGCUCUCAGAACAAGAGAAAGACUUCCUGUGGAGACAUCGCCAUUACUGUGUGAAUAUUCCGGAAAGUCUUCCCAAACUCCUGCUGUCUGUCAAAUGGAACUCGCGGGACGAGGUGUCGCAGAUCUACUGUCUGCUGAAGGACUGGCCGCUCAUGCAGCCUGAAUCCGCUCUGGAGCUGCUGGACUGCAACUUCCCGGAUCCGAUGGUGCGAGAGUUCGCCUUACGCUGCCUCAUCCAGGGACUCACUGACGACAAGCUCAGUCAGUACCUGCUGCAGCUCGUGCAGGUGCUGAAAUAUGAGAUGUAUCUGGAUAAUCCAUUAGCGCGGUUCCUGAUCAAGAAAGCGUUGACCAAUCAGAGGAUUGGACAUUUCUUCUUCUGGCAUCUGAAGUCUGAGAUGCACAAUAAGACGGUGUCGCGGCGGUUCGGGCUGCUGUUGGAGGCCUUCUGUCGCGCGUGCGGCAUGUAUCUGAAACACCUGAACAGACAGGUGGAGGCCAUGGACAAGCUGGUGAACCUCACGGACACGCUCAAACAGGAGAAGAAAGACGAGACGCAGAAGACUCAGAUGAAGUUCUUGGUGGAGCACAUGUCCCGUCCAGAUUACAUGGAGGCGCUGCAAGGGUUUGUUUCUCCUCUGAACCCUGUUCACCAGCUGGGGAAUCUCAGGUUGGAGGAGUGUCGUAUCAUGUCUUCAGCCAAGCGGCCGCUGUGGUUAAACUGGGAGAAUCCAGAUAUCAUGAGUGAGCUGCUCUUCACCAACAAUGAGAUCAUCUUUAAGAACGGAGACGAUCUACGGCAAGACAUGCUGACGCUGCAGAUUAUUAAAAUCAUGGAGAAUAUCUGGCAGAAUCAGGGGCUGGACCUACGAAUGCUGCCGUAUGGAUGUCUGUCCAUCGGCGACUGUGUCGGCCUCAUCGAGGUGGUGAAGAACUCUCACACCAUCAUGCAGAUUCAGUGUAAAGGAGGCCUGAAGGGGGCGCUGCAGUUCAACAGCAACACACUGCACCACUGGAUCAAAGAGAAGAACAAGGGAGAGGCGUACGACAGAGCCAUUGAUUUGUUCACGCGCUCGUGCGCUGGAUACUGCGUGGCCACGUUCAUUCUGGGCAUCGGUGACAGACACAACAGCAACAUCAUGGUGAAGGAGAACGGACAGCUGUUCCAUAUCGACUUUGGUCACUUCCUGGACCAUAAAAAGAAGAAAUUUGGAUACAAACGAGAGCGAGUUCCUUUUGUGCUCACACAAGACUUCCUCAUUGUCAUCAGCAAGGGUGUGCAGGAGUGCAGCAAGACCAAAGAGUUUGAGAGGUUUCAGGAGAUGUGUUAUAAGGCGUAUCUGGCCAUCCGUCAGCACGCCAGCCUCUUCAUCAACCUCUUCUCUCUGCUGUUGGGUUGUGGGAUGCCUGAGCUGCAGAGUUUCGAUGACAUCGCGUAUCUGCGCAAGACGCUGGCACUGGAGAAGAACCAGCAGGACGCGCUGGAGUACUUCACCAAACAGAUGAACGACGCCCAUCAUGGAGGAUGGACCACCAAGAUGGACUGGAUAUUCCACACCAUCAGACACAUGCCCAACGAGCACUGACACACACACACACACACACACACUAUAUUCAUAUCUCAUCCCACAAUCACAAGCAACAUGGAAAUUAUAUUUUCUAAAAAUCAAAUCUGUUUUUAGAACCAGUACGAUUUUUUUUAUUCUUGUCAUGAUAAUUAAACACAAUUAGUCCAAAUUCUCAUUAGAGUAAUGUGACAGAAAAUUAUCUAUUAUUUAAAUAGUAUUUAUAUGUCAUGAUAGUAUUUUUUUAUACCGUUUUGUAUUUUUAUUUUUUGUUUUGUACGUUGUUCUGCAGUAUUUAUGACUCUCUAAUGAGAAUUAUGGAUGUUUAAAUGUGGUUCUGAAAACAGGUUUUCUUUUUUUCCUGCUGAAUAUCAUCCAUUUAUUUCUGUGGUUUGGGACAUCGACUGGUUUUCUCCGCUCACGUUAGCGAGGUUAAACAGCGGCAGCGAUGCUUCCAUGUGACAGUCACGUGCCCUUCAACAGGACCAGCACUUUGAUGUGUCCCAACUUCCUGUUUCAACAGGAAAUGCGUCGGAAAAACCGUGGGCAGCUAUGAAAAUGAGCUGCACUGAACGUUAACUGAACACUAACUGGAAACCACACACACACACACACACACAAACACACACACACACCGACUGAUACUGUGAGUGACUUUAAAAAGCAACAGGAAGUUCCUCAGAAACUGACACCACAAAGACUCAUGGGAAACCACUACAUGAGCUAUUCUGAGUGACAGAGACAAGUCUUCGCUCAGUUCAAUAGAGUUUACAGUCCUCCUCAGGGUAUCAAGGUCAAAGGUCAAGCUUUGAUUGGCACUGCCACCUUUAAACCAAACAGUAAGAGAGGUCACAUCAAAGACACUACCCAGAAUGCACUGCGGCGGACAGCUCUGAUUACUCCGCUAGUCUUCCACACAAUAAAGAGCUUAUGCAUGGCUGGACAGAACAAUUAGCAUGUUCAAAGAAAUUCUACUGCAAUUCUGUUUUCUCUCUGUUUCGAUGUGACACUGUGAGACACGAUGAAAUUAAGGCAAUCUGCGAGUUUACAAUCAGUGAAUCAGAACCAGCCAAUUAAAAUUCUGCGAGAUCACAAUCUGCCAAUCAUUGAUUAAUUCAUCCAUUUUACUUGCUUAAAUUUUGAAUCAAACUAGUGAAUUCCCAACUAACAGAACGCUAAGUUAUGAAAACAUUUUUUUAAUGUUCUCUGAAUGUUCAAAACAUCCAGUUUUUUUUUGACGUUUUAAAAACGUUUUUGCUUGGUUAUUAUGUGAACGUUGAAGGAACAUUUCAUUUGAUCAUUCUUCAAAUGUUAUAGGAACGUUAAUUUUGAAUGUUCUCUGAACGUUCUGGAACAAGUAGUAACAUUUAAAAAGGUUAGAUGUAAAAACACACCAUGAAUGAUGAAUAAAUACGAUUCCGGAGGUGUUUCUGUAAGUGCAUGAAUCAUGUUUAUUUCAUUUCAUGUGAUGGAAGUGCAUUUCUGCUGUUUGUGUGAGCACAGACGCACUGAAAUUCAGAGCAAUAACACACAAAAGCACAGACAUAGAUGUAGUAAUGAAAUCACUGUACUGUAAUGAUGAUGAUGAUGAUGAAAGCGGCUCUGGGUCCAAUCAGGAGCUCUGGGUGUUUGUUAGUGGAUGUUUAGUGUUUUACAGGCCGUAAUGAGUCAUUUAAUAAACAUUUUUAAAAUAUAAA